AUGGUAUGGGGGCUUCCAAGUGACGAGAACACCUCUUUCAAGGAUAGGCUUGCACUCAAGUUCAAGACUUUAUUUGAGAAGGGUUUUCGGAAGAAGAAAGGCUCCGAGGUAAUCCAACCUCUGCAGGAUCCUAUAAACAUCCAUCGAACAUACCUUUCCCAGAGCUUGAGACGAUCGCACCGAAGAGUCGCUCGUCAAGCAUUCUUAUCAUCUCAGUCGAUACAGUCACAAUCUUUUGAACAGUGCGCAGCAGCACCUCAGGUGUUUCAGCGAUCCUCAAAUUACACUGGCAUACUACCCACUGCAGAUUCUUCCCGCCAACAGACAAACACAGGCGUCAAGGCGCUGCCUCAAAGUCGCAAUAUGAUUUUUUACGACCUUCCGGUGUCCUCGACGCACUUCUCAGCAGAAGAGUUCCGGAAAAGGUGUGAAUACGUCACGAAUGAACUGAGGAAGGUCGUCGCUGAACAUAAUGAACUUCGUAUGUGCGGUCGACAUAUUAACUAUAGUCGCCAUAUGAUUGGCGACUCGAGGGAUACAGCCGUACCCUCUAUACUUAUAGAGUGUCGAAAACGAGAUCUCAAGAUGUUGAGAGAGCUCUUUAACAAGCACGCUGCGGCACUCUGUUGUCGCAAGGACUCAAACUGGCCUACCCUAGUCCAUCACGACCUCCCAUCGUCAAAACCGUCAUUCCAACUUAUCUAUUUACCGCACCCAUAUCACCCUACAAUACAACACGCUGCAAAAACUUCAGUAGCUGUCAGCAACUCAUCCAGAGAUACCUUCUGCGGUUCUCUAGUCCAGUAUGAGGGUCGCACAGCCACCAUCGGCCUGACAAUUAUUGUAGAUGGCAUAAGUCACAUGAUGACUGUCGACCAUCUUUUCAAUAACAGCAUGGGAGAUGAAAAUUCGCUUUUCACUAGUGGCGAUGAGCCAGUUCAUCGCAGCAGCUCUAGCGGGGAGUCAACAGGUGCGCGUCAGAACACUUCUGUCAUUCCACCAAAUCCCCAUCCAGAUCAGGAAAAACAAAACUUGGACUUUGGUCAUAGCAGUGCGCAUGAAAGUGCAGCAGAAGAAAGCCUCAGUGCGUCGCACACGAAGGAACUCCCCCAAUCUCGUCUUGCCGAGUGCUUGGUGGGCCAACCCGUUCCUCUCCCACAUACCUUGGACCCCCCAGCACCAUACCUGGACUGGGCAUUCGUCGAGUUGAACGACUCUUCAGCGAGCUUCCAACUACCUAACAUCAUCAACCUAGACUCUAUUUCGAGUCCCGUACUCCUUCACCAAGUGUCGAAACAACCCUCGUCUCAUACCACAUCGGUGUACAUGAUUUCUGGAAUAAAUGGCACAAGAAAGGGCCGCCUAUUUGGUGGCCUCAGUGAGCUUGGCCCACUACAGGAUCGAAGUCCAUGUAGAGCCUGGAAAAUGGUACUAGAUUCCGAUCAAGGUCUCGGCCCAGGAGAAUGCGGCUCAAUCGUUGUUGACCAGGCUACUUUCGAUAUAUAUGGCCAUGUUGUCGGAUCAAACAUUAUUGGUGAUGUUUUUGUUGUUCCACUUCCAGACACUAUUGAACAAAUCCGAGUUGCUUUUAAUGCAACCACUGUGACUCUACCCUCACAGAACCUUAUCCUGCCACUUUGCAACUGGCCUGAAGAUACCAUGACUACCCAGGCAAGACGUUCUACUAUCAAACCACGGCCAACCACCGCACUCAAUCAUCUUAACCCAAUUCACCCAAAAUCCUCUUUGAGAUCUUCCUCAAUGGCACAGACAUGGAAAUUUCCGGAAGAUCCGAGAGGCCACCGCCGCCAAUUCAAUGGGUCUCAAAGAAUGUUUUAUCCAGAAAAGGAGGGCACUUCGUACCUAGAAACAUUGAAAGAAUCAGGACUCUUGGAUGACGGAACAGAAGUUCCGGCUCUUUUGCUCGACUAUCCGAGUUCAAGAUCUACAGAACGUAGCAUAGAGCGUAUUGAAGACUUUUGCUGUGGUGCUUCAUUCGCUCUAGACAAUUUUGUAUCACACCCACUUGGCUCAAGUCUAUCCGCCAGCUCAGAUACCAGCACGAAGCCAACUGCCACGGAUUCGAGAAUGGAAAUCCCCUAUUUUGCGGUUGUCACUGAUUUAGAUUGGUGCCAGAAUACACAUUCCUAUAUCAGUCGAGACAAACCACUUGCAUCAAGCCUCAGGCUAAAUGAGAUUCUGAAAGAAAAGGUGUGUACUUAG